AUGUUCGGCUGCCUGGUGGCUGGCAGGCUGGUGCAGACAGAUGCCCAGCAAAUAGCAGAAGAUAAGUUUGUCUUUAACCUGCCGGACUAUGAAAGCAUCAACCAUGUGGUGGUGUUCAUGCUGGGGACCAUCCCGUUCCCGGAGAGGAUGGGCGGCUCCGUUUACAUCUCGUAUCCUGAUCACAGCGGUAUGCCUGUAUGGCAGCUGCUUGGCUUUAUUACCAAUGAAAAGCCCAGUGCCAUCUUCAAAAUUUCUGGCUUAAAAUCUGGGGAAGGCAGCCAGCACCCAUUUGGAGCCAUGAAUUUGCCCCAGACCCCUUCGGUGGCACAGAUAGGAAUCUCGGUUGAACUACUUGAGCAGCUGGCACAGCAAACUCCAGUAGCCAAUGCGGCAGUGUCAAAUGUGGACUCGUUUACUCAGUUCACUCAGAAAAUGUUGGACAACUUCUAUAAUUUUGCCACUUCAUUUGCCAUAUCCCAGGCACAGAUGACCCCUAACCCUUCAGAAGUCUUUAUACCAGCCAAUGUGGUCCUCAAAUGGUACGAGAACUUCCAACGGCGUCUGGCACAGAACCCCUUUUUUUGGAAGACGUAG